AUGGACUCAACUUCCGAAACAGAGGACGCGGAUGCUCGCCCAAAGCUACGUUCGAAGCCGCCAGCCAUUUCGCCACGGCGCACCUCCACUAGCGCCGAGAAGGAGUCACUUGCUGACGAUGAUGUCGCUCCAGUGGUCAAAGUCGACGAGCCGACCUUUCAAAGUGGCGUGCAAGCUGAAGGCUUGCCUACGGAACCCACAUGCGCGCGACCGAUGGCGCAAGAGGAUGGUGCAGAGCAACAAAGCGCCUCAGCAGAGAUGCACGGCAUCACAGCAAAGCGCCCUCUGCCGAAGGCACCCAUAUUGGUAGAUGUUGCCAGAGACAUGCAGGAUGAUCUGCAAGACGCGCAUUCGGUCAUUGCAAACGGAGAGAACAACACCACGGCAGGCAGCCUGCCAGUGUUGGAAGACGCGCCAGACGCGUCUUCCGAAGUCAACACCUUCACUAGCGCCGAAUCCUACAAGGAGGCUUCUAAGGGUGGCCAAGGCUGCUCGAGUGGAGAAGGGGACGUGCCGUUGACGGUGCUGGAGCAGUCUGAUGCUGAUACACUACUUGCAGCUCAGCUGGAUCUUCACGACGGCCCAGCCUGUCCCCGUACCGCAGGAAUUCAAGAUUCGACUCCGACACUAUCCAAAUCGAGCAGCGCAGAUCUUCCCGAAGACAACGACUUGCCAAACUUGUCACCACCCAGCGAUCCAUCAACAGAUCUACAUGUCGCAUCUGUCGCAGCUGACUCCACACUUCAUACAGAAGCAACGCCUGAUCCCUCCAUCCUGCCAGAAGAUAACAUUUCCGGGCUCGCUCUGUCCGAUAUCGCAGCCCAGACAAUUGCUGCGCCACGCACAUCCGACGUUUCAGACGCGACUACCAGCGCCGCAACGUGCAUUGACCACGGCAGCCAGUACCAUUACUGCGUAGGCGAUGAGAUAGUAAUCUCUGAUCGAGAGAACGAUAUUCACCGGCUUCACCGGCCUGCUGCUCCGCACGACCUUGACAGAACACCAAGCGUCAGGUCGAUAGAAACGGUCAGGCCCAGUAGUGCGCAGCUCAAAUUGGGGAGUGCCACUGUCUAUCCCUUUCAGCCAAGCAGUCCUGCGAUUACGCGGGGAUUCUCGACCACUGGCAGCGUGCGCUCUGUGGCUGGAUCCACAAGUCGCUGGGUGACGAGUAUGGUCAACAGAGCAAUGUUCUCCAAGCAGGCUCUGAGGGACAAAGCAGAAGCUGCGAAAAGCGUCCUUGCGGGCCCUCUGGCAAAGGUCGCCUCCAGCUCCACACCCAAUCUGACACAUUCGGACGACAGCGAGAAGGAGCUGAUCUCUCAACUCGUCUUGGAAGAGUCCGGUGCUCGCGUUCCAAAGUCUUCGGUGACAAAGGCACGUUCGUUAUACGCAAAGCGCGAUUCAAUUGACUCGGAUUCAGAAGUCGCGUACACGAGCUUGGAGGUGCCGUAUGGGGCUGCGGAAGUCAUGAGUGCAAGAGAUAGGGCGGCAGAAGACGCAAGGGUUGCUGGUGGAACAGAUGGAACACUAAUGGUGGUCAAUGACGACAUCGAACGUGCGCAAUGCAGCGCACUCGAUCCUCAGCAUCAAGACCGUCUGGUUGCAGAGUCUCUGGCACGCGAGAUCUCUUCAGGGGUUCUUGGGCCAGAAGAGCAAGCGGUGCUCGACAUGCUCGAGGAGAUGAGCAACGCGUCCGAGCACGCAGAAUCAUCACCUCAGCAACACGUACACAGCAGGCUAGACGCCCCUCGGCCAAGCUUACCCCGUUCCGGCAGCGUCAAAGAAAGAGUAAUGGCAAUGCAGAGGGGCGACUCGCGAGUGGUGAAUGCACAUUCCUCGGACAGCGGCUCCCACAUCAGCGCAGCAUCUGGUCGAUCUUUCUGCUCGGCCGCGGAGGGUUCUCUGAGCCCCGGAAUGGAAGCAGCCCACCAGACUAGUCCUCGACCAGCUCAUCAAAGGAGCCUUACCGCCGAAAGCUCUUCAGUGACGAGCAUGAAUAGCCAAAGCAGCAGUAUUAUGAGCCGAGAAGCCAGAAAUAGAGCUACUAUGGAUACAGCUGGACCACGCUUGCCAAUCGCUAGCGAUUCUGAACAAGCCGCAAGGCCUCGCUUCCCGCCACCUCGUCGAGCUGGGCAAAGGUCCGCGCAUCUCGGACCGUUUUCACCAAAUUCAAGCACCCUCGCUGGAAGUCACAUGAGCCAGAGCGGAAGUGGUCUGAACUUUUGGAGCAGGAUGGAACAGAGGUCUCCAUCCACUGCACCGACCUCUCCUGGCUUGCCCAUGUCCAGCGACGCUUCGCCGUUUCCCCCCGAGUUCUACAGCCACAAGUUGGGCACCGCCGGUGGGCAUGGGAGGCAUCAUCCCUAUCCACCCAUGCUGAGGCGACUCGAGACGGAUAUGACGGCAGCAACUUCUGUGAGCUCGGGCAUCCACAGCAUCCACAAAGGAAGUGCCAGUGUUCUCCUUCCAACCCCUACCACGGCUGGUUUGGUCAGGAGUCCAGGCACUCCACCUACCACGGCUGGAUAUGAUGCUGCCACUUACAUGGUGUCGAAGCAGCAGUGCGCGAGUCCCCUUGAGCAAGUCGCUCCAUCUAGUCCAUCUAAGCUCGCCUACUCCGAGUCCUCGAAUUGGUCUAGCGCCAAAACGCAUGAUGUGGCACGCGACAUCAAGACCUUUCCAGUCGCGACGUCCGAGGCGGUGAGAAAACAAAUCGGUGACCUUGACACGCCAUCUGAGACCCCAAGCGACGCUGCACGAGCAGAUAGACAGCUGGAAGGCUUAGGUAUAGCGGCGCUGGAUGCACAUGUGAGAAGCCACACUGAUCGAGACGCUUCGCUUGGACCCGGAGCCACGUCGCAUCUCGUGUCACCUGUAAGGACACAGAAGCGCGACCUCCCUGCUCAUGAUUCGACAAGAUCUCUUCGUUCUUUGCAUCCUGCCCUGAGUGACUCGACUUUCGCCGUGGGUCACUCGAUCAGCAAUAGUCAAAGCGAAAAGGCGAUAGCUGGACCUGCUUUGCGCUCGCAACUUCGCGCUCCCGGGACACCUACAAAGGCGCGAGACCUGAUAGCUUUCUUUGAGCAAGAAAUGCAAUCGGUCCCUAGCCCAAGCAAUGCGCCAAGUGCACAGGCAGUGGCACAGCCAAAGCCUACCAAGUCUCGGGCUGCUGAAGUACCUUUUGGAAAGCACACACCAUCGCAGGAGAUUGCAGAGCGAUAUCGCAAGGCUCUUCGCGACAAACCUGAAUCUUUAGUCAGCUCACCUGCUUCUAUCACACCCAGCUCGAAAUUGUCGUUUCGGGUCGAUAAUGAGCUGUCAACCGCUCCAGAGCAGAGCGACGCUGCGGCAGAGACUUCGAAGUUGGCGCUCCGGAGAAGAGCGCAGGUCUCAGCCUCCAGAGCUCGCAUCGCUGCUGUUGGCGCGGAGAUGAUCUCACAAGUUGUAGCAGACGAGGAGAAUAGGGAGCCCGGACCUCUGGACACGCUUGACGGGCCGACGCGCACGCCCUCUCGCAGUCCUCGACGUGUACUCAGCGGCUCUCGAAAGCCUUCUCCUUCGCUGUUCGGCUUCUCAACCUCUCCGCUGCACAUACGCAGGACCUCUGCUGAGAGGCAGCGCACCAAUGCUAGCCCUACAGCUGACCCGAAGGGCCCGCCUUCUGUUUCAGCUGGGACAAAAUCUGCGGGGUCCAGUCCUACUCGACGAGGGGGAAGCGGAAGCACCGGCAGCGUCAGCCUUGCUGGAGGUGUGCGCAAUCUCGCACGCGCUUUCUCGAGGGGUGCAACUCCAUCAGAUCCUUUGCGUGAAGCUUCUCGCGCUUCAGACGCUGCUGAAGCUCAAGCCCCACCCAGCGCAUGGCGCAGUGGUGAAAGCGGCGGGCAAGUCGCUGAAGCGCGACGCAUGUCAGACGACCGCAGUGCACUCAGCGCUCGUACACACGGCACCCAAGCAUCUUUUCGCCAGAAUGUAGAGAGUGGUCGCCUGCCUUUGGACAAUCGAGGUGCAUUGGAGUUGAUCGGAGAACACCGUCAACGAGCUGCUCCGCUGCGUCAAGGAACAGUGUUCUACUUUAACGUGCACCACAGGCAACCCCAUUGGCAGCGCGCUCAGGCGAUCCUUUUGCCUACAGCCGUGGCCCUGAGCUGGAUACCGCGCGGCGGAGGGCGCGAAAAUGUGGUCUUGGACCUACGAGCUUGCUUAGAGGUGUUCUCCUUGCCGAGUGCCGUGCAUCCAAACAGCCAGCACGAUGUUGCAGCACAGACCGCUCUUGCCCAGGGUCUGGGAGACAUUCACGCUUUUCAACUUGUUUUUGAUGAUGGUGUAGAGCGCAUCGCGGUCGACAGGGCUAUCGAUCGCGUGCAAUGGAUCACAGCAGCGUGGGAGGCGCUUGGGAUGGCGCAGGGCAGGGACACAUCUGCCCAGCAAGGCCAGACGCAGGUGCUCGAGAGUCAGAGUCCGUCAGCCUGUGGAGAUAAUCAGGUAUCCGUCAAUCAGGCUGUGCAAUUGCUCGUGGGGCAAUCGCAGUCCCAGGUACUUGCAUCUGCGCAGUCUGACCCCAUCUCUCCGAGCACUGGCGGUGGCAGUGGCAAGGAGACGAUUCAGCGCAUUGCAGGCAUUUGGGCAUCCGAACCAUCAUCCGGUAAUGAGCAGCCUCCUCGUCCACCACCUGUCCCACCAAAGGACAGGCCGUCUCCAGAACGGCCACUCACUGAAGCACCGCGAGCGCACGCGAGUCCACAGACCUGGCGCAAACCGGUCCAGGACAAUUCUCACGACACGGCGCUUGUGGUGUCUACGCCAUUCGAACAGGAUCGCGCUUCUCCACCCCCGAGCGAGUUCGACUGGGAUUCGUCAUCCCGUGAAUUAGUUCCCAGCGAUUCUGCGAGCCAGCGUCCACCUAGAAGCGAUUGUGAAGCGAGCUGCAUAAGUCGACCAGGCUCCGACCUUCAGAACCUAGCAGCGCAUCUGAGUGCGGAGGCUCGGCCCAAACGUGCGCCUGGCGGUGCGGCACUGGAAUUGACAUCGCAAAGCGCUGCAAAGGCAGCGCCAGCAAAUUUGCCGCGCGAAGAGUCACGGCUCCUUGAGACAGUGCUCGAAGAGACUCAAUCGCAGGCGCAAAGCACACAAGUAAAGCCGCCCUCUUUGCAGCACUCUGAUCUGGCCUCUGCACUGAAGCGCACUCCGCGAAAGCAGGGCCGGACCUCUUUACCGAAGGCAGAAGAGUCGGCAGAGUGCGAGGACAUUUUGUCCAUUACCAAGCCUGUAAUAGCUGCCCGUAGCUCGCUGAGCAGCAAGAAUGGCAGCGCAAGCGUGAGCUCCGGCGACGUAGCUCGUCUGCUCACUUAUCUCGAGGAACAACAGGCUGCACGCGAAGCGCGCGAGGCACAUCUCGAAGAGCAGAUUCGCUCUUUCCAGGAUGUGAUCGCUGGCUUGCAGCGCAAAAUUUCCUCAGCCAGCAAGAGGUCCACCACAGCACACGAACUUUCGGAGCGCAGCUCGUCGAGGCGCAGAAGCAGCGCGGGCACGACUGCAUCUAGCAAGGAUGAAGGUGCUUCGACACCUCGACGCAACGAUCACGCCGAGCUUGCAGCAGUGCAAGAGAAGCUCGACAGGGUACUGAGCCUCGUCGGUAACGUUUUCGAGGGACAGACGCGCCUUCAAGAGAAGGCGCAAGCUCAGGCGACGGAUACUGCAGUCCCAAAAGGUGACGACCUUGUUUCAACUCGCUCUGAUCACGAGCUGUUGAAAGUCCAAGAGACACUAGAAAAGCUGUUGGACCGCAUGCAGUCCCAAGUGGAUACCACAAGCUCUCUAAACGGAAGAGGUACACUCCGAGAGCUUGUGAGAGAGGCAGGUCUACCGCGAGCCUUGCGACCAGAGAAUCGCAAUCUCGACGGCGAUCCCAUCGAUGGACGCGAUCAAGCCAUUCUAGCCGACCGACCUAAGCGAAGCCGCACUAGCGCACCUGCUACACUCGAGAUGAGUAGGGAAGACCAGGAAAAGAUUCCGCUUCCUCCAUCUUCGUCAGCUUCAACUCUCUCUCGCGAGAGAGUGCCUGCACGAGACUGGCGCUCGGAAUUAGGCGUGCCCCCAACUCCAGCGAACACGGACGCUGCCUCCUCUUACGCUCCUUCGAUUCGUAGCCAGGCUACGACUCUGAGAGGUCGCGCUCCAGACGACGUCUUCCUGUAUGGGGCUGCACCAUCUACAUCGGCGUCCGAAGCUCGACCUCCCAAGGCGAUUUUUGCUCCUCAUACAAGUCAAGUUGGCCUCAAUAUGGAAGCAGAAGUGCGUCGUCAACGGGGUACACAACAGGGCAACAGCAAUGCUGGGUGGUAUGGCGCACCGGAUCUACCCGAGAAAGACAACACGGUCCGAUGGGCUCGCAGCAAUCUCGUCCAACGCGACCAACGGUCACCAUCUCAGCCCUCUGGUAUGGUCGCGACGGGGAUGUCCAUGCCUGACCCAAGCUCAUACGGCAACGAGAGGUGCGACUUGUCCCCCGGCUCCUUCAAAGAGCAGUCCAAGCCGAGUCCCGAGCUAGAGGCAGUCCUCCAGGCGAUUCGAGACAACGAAGGGGCGCGCGCUGCGCAGCAAGCCCAGCAACAAGACAUUGCUCGCUAUCUCAAUGAGCUCAACACCUGGUUGGAGAAGGACGUCGUCGACAGGUCGAAAGAAUGGCGCGAACUGACCAGCGGCGUAUCUCAGCUCCAUCAAGAGCUUGCGCAGCUCAAGACUGGAUCAGGACCGACGACUGUGGCCGAAGCACCGCGAAGUGGCCCUGGUGUUGCGGACGCGGGCAAUCAGCAUUUGCAGCGCUCAGCGACGACGAGCAGUCGAGGUGUCUCGGGAGCACCGCCUACGAGCUCUGGAAGCGCAGACCUCGCAUCUUAUCAGCUUUCCGAUGGUCGUGCAGCCCCACCGCCACGCGAACCGCCGCCCUUUGGCAAUGGUGGACAGUGGACCGCACACACCGCAGCGGGAGGCGGGGGAGGGUUUCCGCCCAAUGCCGCCGCAGCGGGGGCACCUCCUGCCCUCUUCACCCCGGCUCCCUUAUCACGCUCUGGAACGCGCACUUGGCACUCAGAGGCUUCGCCGGGAGCGCUGCGUAAUCAAGACGUCUGGGCACACUCGGGCUCACGUGCGAACUCGAAGAAGCUUUCGAAGGAAGAAAAGGCCGCGAGGAAGCGCUCCGACCGACGAAAUUUCCUGUCCAAAUUGGGUCCGCUGGCAGCAGCGGCGGGAGGGGCAGCUUUAGUCCACGCAGCCGUGUCUGAGUGGGAUGCGCACAAGGAAAGACAGCGUCAAGCCAAUCGUCCGGCAGAGGCUGGUGCCAAGGCAGAUCCCAAGACUGGCAAGUUGCCAGAGAAAAUCGAUGUUCCGAAGUCGCUAAUGCAGAGGCUCAAGGAGGCAACAUCCCUGGGAGACGAGAGCAAGUUGAGAGAGGUCAUCAAAGAAGCAGCGGAGCUCGGUGCUGGCAGCGCGGCAGUAGCCACGGUCACAGAGCAGGUUGAUGAGGCAAAAAAGAAAGCCGCCGCCGACAAGGAUGACGAUGGCGAUGAAUCUGACGUGACUGUCGGUGCCUCUACGAAGGCUAAUGCCAAAGAAGUGGAGAGCCGCAGCGCGAAGUCUUCAACAUCAGCUACGUCGACCGAAACGGUGACUACCGACUCAACGGCGACCAAGCAAGAUACAUCAGUAGCUGCAGCGCAGACUGCAGCUCUCUCUCUGGCUGUUGAAGAGAUUCUCAAGCACUUGCUCGAGCGAAAGGACGAGGAAGCGAAACGGCGCGAGGAGGAGGAAGCUCGUCGUACAGCCUCUGAAGUCAGCCGAAAGAGUGAGAGAGAUGCCGAGGAGGAGAGGAACUCUUCUGUGCGAGCCAAAGAGCAAGACGAUCUGGCAGAUCUCAUCCUCGAAAAGAUCCGAGCCGAGCAAGAGUUGAAAGAGCAACAGAACGCUGCAAAAGAGAAGGAACUCAGUCCUAAGGAAGCUAUCGAGUCUUUGGUUGCGCAGCAGAAUGCCCAACGACAAGCGGAUGCGCAGGCUAAAGCUGAGAGCGAAGCGGCCCUCAAAGGGUACACUGAGAGCGUCCAGAGAGCCACAGCUGAGCACAACGCCAAGGUCAUCCAGACUGUGCAGCUUGCAAGCCGAGAGAUGUUGAGAAACAACAUCGAUGCGCACGUUAAUGAACUCAAAGGCGUUCUUGGGCAAGAGAUCUCGCGCAUGUUCGAAGACGUGGGCAAGAUUCGCGAGAUGAAGCGAGAGUUGGAGAGGGAUAUCGCCGAGCUCUUCUCCAUGAAAGCAAAGUACUCUGCCGAGCUGCCAGCUCCCAGCACUGUUGGAAGUGACAGCGGAAGCAAAGGGAAAAGUAGCACAGACGGCGCCUCAUCAGUCUCGUCUUCCAGCGCUUCCUCCAACAAUUCCAAGAGCUCGAUUCAGUCCGGUACGAAGGCGCCAGGAAAAGCUACUCCGCCCACCACGACCGCCAGAAACAUCGGCAAUGGUGGUCCGAGGCCGGCGGCUGUACCCCCUGCGUCGAUUCCUUUAGGCAUGGCCAACGUGCCGCUGGUUGCACCACAAGCUUCCCGCUUCACAUCGGGCGUGCGUGGCAUGCUCAGUCCAUACAGCCGGGCAGGAGCACCUGCAGCGAUGCCAAUGCCCAUGCCCAUGCCGGGCCCUACCGCUGGCAGGCCAGGUCUUCCUCCAACCCCGAACCAAAAUCCCGCUGCCCCGCCGAAGGAUUUCGUCAAUCCAUUUUCGUUGACAUUCGGCUCCCGACGCUGAAUUUGAGGCGCUCGAUGAGAUUGAGUUCCAUGCUGGUCUGACAGAAGCGAGACCUAGACUCAGACCCAGCGACAAAGAUGACUGCCUGAUGAGCGACGUUUCCCGACAGACGCUUGAACCAUACUUGUGACUGUGCGCCUUUUCCAACACUUAACACUUACACCACACCUUUGCACAUACGAUACCCUGUCAAAAUUCGAAAUCCUGAC